GCACGUAGGAUGUGGGGGCCCGUUGUCCUGCGGCGCGGCGGUGCGAGCCCGGCAGUGCCGGGGGGGCGGGUGCGACAGCCUGGGAGAAAAGAGCCACUUUCUAUGGCGAGAGCAAGGCCGGCUGGAGCGAAGGGGAAACGCGCUAGGAGCAGAGAUCCAGCCCCUGGCUGGGGAGAGCCGACUUCUGCAACCUCCCUUUCCGCCCAUCCUGUCCUCCCGCACGCCUGGGGCGUAGGGCAGCCGAUCCGGCUCCCAGGCUCUCCGCUGCACAGAGCCUUGAGGCAAAUGCCCCCGUGAAUAUUUUCCUUAAUAUUUGGGCACUUGCCUUGGUCAGGACACAGCUUGGUGCUGUGCAGCUCUGGUUCAGGUUUGUUCAUGACCUUAGAUUCCUUGCCCCCUUACUGAAGUGAGCUGAUGAAAUGUUGACUUUGUUUCUAUCUGAGGCCGUGUAUUGCAGCCUCCUACAGAUACUGCCCAAACUACCCUUUCUUUUGCCCUGGAGGUAUCUUUUGUAUGAUGUAAAUCCUCCUGAAGGGUUCAAUCUACGCAGAGAUGUCUAUAUUCGUGUUGCCUCUCUUAUGAAGACCUUGCUGAAAAGUGAAGCUUGGGUAUUGGUCCUGCCUCCUUGGGGACGUCUUUAUCACUGGCAGAGUCCUGACAUUCAUCAAGUCCGAAUCCCUUGGUCUGAGUUCUUUGAUCUUCCAAGCCUCAAUAAAAAUAUCCCUGUUAUUGAGUAUGAGCAGUUUCUUGCAGAGUCAGGUGGACCCUUUAUAGACCAGGUAUAUGUCCUACAAAGCUAUGCAGAAGGAUGGAAAGAAGGAACUUGGGAAGAGAAAAUAGAUGAGAGGCCAUGCAUUGAUCAGCUCAUGUACUCAAAAGACAAACAUGAAUACUACAGGGGAUGGUUCUGGGGUUACGAGGAAACACGAGGCCUAAAUGUUUCUUGUCUGUCUGUCCAAGGAUCAGCCUCUAUCAUAGCUCCUGUUCUUUUGAAAAACACUUCAGCACGGUCAGUGAUGUUAGACAGAGCUGAAAACCUCCUUCAUGACCACUACGGAGGGAGAGAUUAUUGGAAUACCCGUCGAAGUAUGGUGUUUGCUAAACACCUGCGUGUGGUGGGGGAUGAGUUUAGGAGGAAAUACCUUCACUCCACUGACGAGGCAGACAGGACAGACUACAAUGAGGACUGGACACAGAUGAAGGUAAAGCUGGGCACUGCUGUAGGCGGGCCAUACCUUGGGGUUCACCUCAGAAGAAAAGACUUCAUCUGGGGUCACAGAGAAGAUGUGCCAACCCUUCAUGGAGCAGUGAAGAAAAUACGCAGCCUCAUGGAGAAGCAUAAACUUAAGAGAGUUUUCAUAGCUACUGAUGCCAUUGUGGAGGAGACUGAAGAGCUCAAGAAAUUACUGCCUGAGAUGGUGAGGUUUGAACCCACUUGGGAGGAGCUAGAACUCUACAAAGAUGGAGGAAUAGCAAUUAUUGACCAGUGGAUCUGUGCACAUGCUAGGUAUUUUACAGGCACCUCGGUUUCAACAUUUUCCUUCCGGAUUCACGAGGAAAGGGAGAUCCUGGGAUUUGACCCCAAGACCACUUACAACCGAUUCUGUGGUGAGAAAGAGAGAAACUGUGAACAGCCAACCCACUGGAAAAUUGUUUAUUAAUAACACCACUCCAAAGGACUGCAGUAAGUGGCGAGCUCACCAAACCAAGAGAACACUCACAGGAAACACAUCUUUCUAGCCAAGCUACCACUUCCUCCUCCUCCUCUUCCUGGUGUUAGCUCUGAGUCUGGGUUUUAAGCACAACAGGGUAGCGAUACCAUGGUCAUUCUCCUGACCAGGCACCAAUAUAACUGGUCAAAAUGAAGUGAGGUAAGGAUUUGGUUCUUGGUGUAGCUGGUAUGCCAGGACAGUAUACUCACUCUCUAAAUGUUUAAUUUAGAUUGAAGAGGCCCAGCAUUGUUUUAGGAGGCAGCAAAAAUGUUUUCACUCAAAAAACUUGAAACAGUUUGUUUUUGUUUGUUUUUUAAGUGCUGUAUCUAGAACAUAGCUAUAGUCUGUACCACAUUCCUAUGUUCAGGUGGUUAUUUUCUUCUCAGCUUUAUUUGACUCACUGUAGUAGUAUCUGUUUACAAGGAGGACAUUUAGGUUUUGUAACCUGCACUUUGUGAGGGCUGCAGAUUGUGCACAGAAUGUGGAGUUCUGGAGGGAAAAUCAAAUAGUAAUUUUUUAACAUUUCAGACUGGUACAAAGAUGCAUUUCAUAUUCCUAAUAAAGAAGGAUAGGUGGUAUUUUUACCAGAACACAGACCAGUGUCACAGCUAGCACCUUUAAUAACAAUUCUUGGCAGAGAGGUCAGUGGCUAAAAUCCAUAAAGACUGAACUACGUUGGCAACCCCAAAGCUGGUUAGUGGGGCUGCGAGGGAAAGUGUGCACUGCCUGUCAUGUACAUGUUCUCUCUAAACAGGAGGCUUCAUUUUAUAGAGCUGUCAUUCAGCCUCUUUCUCCCAUGUUAAACUCACUCAAAUCAAGGCAAAUAUAAACAGCAUUUGGGGAGUUUCCUGCUUUGCAAGAAGAACUUUUCAAAGCGUGGAGCUGCUUGUUUCGGCUUGAGGGUGUUUUGCAGCUGCACAGGGGGAGCAGAAUGGAGUAUUCGUUCUUUCCCCCUCCACUCCUGGCCUGGUGCAGGUUGGAAGCGUUACAGGGUGUGACUUCAUCCCUGAAUUCAGACAUGCCAAAACUGGCCAGCCAUUAUAAAGGUCAUCGGACUCUUUGCUCUUCCCCUUAAUUCUGCGUCACCAUCAAAUCUCCCAAGUGAACCUGUACAGCUGCAUGCAGGUGACACUCUCCCUUGGGACUGAAAUGUCACACUCAGCAAGGGCACAUGGAAGCGGAGUAGUGGGGUACCCCCUUCUGUCAGCCAUUGUGGCAUGGGGAGCUGUUACAUUAACUGCAGUGUGGGCAGAAGAGGGUGCAAUGGCCGUCUGAGAAAACACUUACAAAUAUGAAGCCUGUCUAACAUCUUUGACACGCUCACUGUUCAGAGUCGGCUACAUGCAAUAUUUUGUUCAUGGUGUGCAUCAGGUAGACGUCUGUCUUGCAGUUUUACUCUGGCUCAUGGUUCUGCGAGGUCUCCGAUAGGUCUGUUUAAGAAAAAGGGGAACCGUCAUUUUCAGAGUUCAGCAGUAUGUUUUUCCUCUAAAUUUGAACAGAACACCCUGCAGUUAAUGGGUUCUUCCUCAUGUUGUCAAGUGUGCUCUUACUGUGCCCUUCGCCCACCCCCCGCCUCUUUCAUCAGCAGCAUUCUUCUCGGUUCCUUCCUGUGUCCCAUUGGGCUUCUUCUCAUGUCUAACGCCUGCCCACUUGGGCUCAGUAAUACACCCCUCCUGUGCUCUCCCUGGGAAUCUUACUGUACGCUCCCAGACAGCCAGGCAGGCUUGUCCUAUACCAUGUGCGGAAAAACUUGUACAGUCUCCUCAGAAUGAGUAAUUUCAGGCCUCCUGUGUUGUUACCAGCUAUUUAUUUGUAUCUCUGUACAACAAGGGUUUCUUUCCAGUGACAAAUUGAAGCUUGUGGGAGCCUUGUAUUCUCCAAGCAGUGCCUUUUCCAGCUGAGUUGGACACUGUUGUCAUGUAGCCUGCGUGCUGUGCAAAAGAAUACCUAUAACUGUAUACCUCAAUUUCUUAUGAAAAAUAAAAUGCUUUGUAGUAUCUUA